UAUAGGUACUCUUGUGUGUGUCUCAAUAAUCAAUAUUGAUUUUAUAGAUGAGGAAGUAAAGGUAGCAACUAUUUGUGAACCAAUUGUAUUUAACCUAAAAUUAAAAGAUAGAAGAAAUUUAUAUUAAUCAUGAAUACAUUAUCGCAAAAUAGGCAAAGUAUUAUAUUAAAUCGAAAAGUAAGGCCACAGGGUAAUAUUAUGGUCAGAAAAACUAAUUUAAAUUCCCAUUGGCCACCGCAAUCAUUACCCGGCUGUGAAAAAUAUUGGUGUGAAACAUGUGACAAGGGUUUUAUGACCAGGAUCCAUCUUAAUUAUCACAAACAGCGGCACCAAAAAUGCAACAUAGAUGGAUGUCAAUUUGUAGCACACCCACAAGUAAUUACAAAACAUAUCCAAAUGCAACAUGCUACAGGUUUAUAUAAAAGGAUUGGAAAACUUAACAACCCAGAAGAGAUUAAGAAAUGGAGGGAAGAAAGAAAAAAGAAAUAUCCAACAAAAGAAAAUAUUGAGAAAAGACAAGCUGAAAUGAAAGAAAAGAUAAGAAGAGGUGAAAAAAUGGGAUUAAAACGCAGCCUCCAUAAAUUCAAUAAUAUAAAAUCUGGAUAUGACAAUAAAAAUCGGCAAUACAUGACUCGUGAAAAAUAUAUGAGAUCAUUAAAAGACAGUAAAAUUACACCACAAUUGUCAAACAAUAAAAGAACAGUUAAAAAAAUAGUGCACAAAGUAAUUCCUCCUAACGAAGAAACCAGAAAACUGCAACCUUUCAAAGGUAUUCAAUAUAUAGUAGCUGACGAUAGUAAAGAAGAGGAAACAACAGAAGUUAGCAAUCAUUUAAUAGAAGAUGAAGAAGUGACCGAUGCAGAAGUAGUUGACCAAACAAUUACAAAACCAACUCUCUGUGGUGCUUUGACAUCAUUGAUAUGUAAUUAUGAGUCCAGUGAUGAAGAGGAUAUUAAAGUAAAAGCAAUAACUAACCCCACUACACCACUAAAUAAUUUAAACACAGCUACAAACUCAAAAAUUAAAGAUAAUGACAAUAAGUAUUUGAAUAAUAGUAAAGAAUCUAAAAAAUUAGCUAAUGAAGAUAGAAUAGUUUCAAAGGCUGACAAUAAUUCAAUUAAUAAUCCUAACGAAAGUGAAAAUGAGAGUGGACCUGAAGAAGCAACAGUUGACAAGGUCACUACAAAUGAUGAAUCAAAACCUGUAAAAAGAGUACUAACAAAAAAAGAACGCCUACAAAUGUGUGCUAAAGCCAAAAGUAGAAACAAACCCCUUAACCUGAGAAGAAAAUUACCCUCAACACUUCUAGAAAAACUAUUGCAUAAGGAAAUUCAACACGAAAGAAAUGUUAUUUUGCAAUGUGUAAGAUAUGUGGUAGAGCACAAAUACUUUGACUAAGUUUCAACUAAAUUAAUUUUAUGCAAUAGUUGCAAUUAUACUAAAAUAUUAAAAUAAAUUUCUUUAUGGUAUGACUUCAAGCUCACAUUGCCUAAAAUUUUUAUACAAAUAAAGUUCAUAAAAGAUACAGUUACAGAAAUACCUCAUAUUA